AUGCUUACCGAAGUGAAAAUACACGAUAUCCGCCGUCCAGGCUGCGAUCUAGCUGAUCUGAGAGCAAAGCUCAUAGAGGACCUAAGGAGGCCUGGGAGUGAGAAACAGAUUCCCUCUUUAUUACUGUGGGAUGAGAAGGGCCAGGAGCUGUUCGCAGACAUCACGACUGCGCCAGAAUACUAUGCCUACCGUGCGGAGCUGAGCCUGCUGAGCCAGCGUGCUGAGGGGAUUGCGGAAUCGGUGAAACCAGGCACGGUGAUCCUGGAGCUCGGAGCUGGAAACUGCAAAAAGACGGGCGUGCUCUUACAGGCACUGCACCGACAAAGGAAACCAAUCUCGUAUUUUGCGCUUGACGUUGCAUCGGAUUCGCUCAUCCAAAGCCUCGCACAAAUGAGCCGUUUUCUGGGGAAGUCCAAGUAUAUAUCCUGUCAAGGCCUCCUGGGGAGCUACGAGGAUUGUUUGACGUUCCUCAAUGAAGAAGAGGGCCAGAAGUUGUUGUGCAUCCGCAACCGUCACUUACUGUUCCUCUGGCUCGGUAAUAGCAUCACCAAUAUGCCCUGGGAAGAUUCGGUCGACAUUGUGCGCCGCAUGCUCUGGUCUUCAAAUAGCGCUCUCCUAGUGUCAGUCGAUGGAAACCAAAACCCGCAGUCCAUCCAAAUGGCAUAUGACAUGCCCGAUGGAAAGAACCGAAGGUUUCUGCGGAAUGGAUUGACGCAUGCAAAUUUGCUGCUGGACGAAGGGGUUUUCAACGCAGGCGAUUGGGAUUUGGAAGCCAAGUGGUAUGCCGAGGACAAGGAACACCGGGCAUACCAUGUGGCGAAGCGAGAAAUAUCAUUGACAGUAGAUGGUAAUAUUGUUCAGAUCGCAAAGGGAGAAAAGAUCCAUGCUAUCACGAGCGCCAAGUGGACGACCGAGGAGGUAGAGAGACUGUGUGAAGCUGCUGGGGUGGAGCUGGAGCAUUCCUGGAUUGAGCCUGUCUACAAUUUCGGCUGUUAUCUACUGGGAAACUGA